UUGUACAAUGUUCUCUCUUAAGGAAUGUGAUGCCAUUGGUUUUGAUAUGGACCAUACCUUAUGUAGGUAUGUGUUGUCCACCCAGAUCGAGCUGGGCCAUCAAGCUCUGGCCCAAUAUCUUGUUAAAGAGAAAAAAUACCCAAAACGCCUAGCAGAUCCAGUUUUAGACGACCCUAAUCUGGUUUAUUGUGGUGGCUUGCUGUUUGAUGGGCAGCAUAAGGCUUUGGUUAAAAUGGAUGAAAAUGGAAAAGUGGAGAAGGCGGCGUUUGGUACAGAAAUGAUAAGUGAUAGUGAAAUUUCGAAGCUGUAUUCAAGCGAUAUGUACUGCAGUCAUUACUCCAAGGUAUUGUCAGGCACUCUGAGUGAAAAAGGUGUUUAUCAUCUCCAUGAUAAUAACUUUGAUAUGACUUUAACUGUUUUGCUUUCUCGAAUGAUGGAAAUUGCUGAGAAGCAAAAUAAUGAAACCAAAUUGAAUGUUUUUGCUGAUUUUUAUGAAGGGAUUUCACAUGCGUGGGACGCUGCAUCAUUUUCUGGAGGAAACAGCAUGUUUUUUGAAGAGUUAAAAUCCAAUCCUGGAAAAUACCUUCACAAAUGCCCUGAUGUAGUUAAGACUUGGCUGAAGGCUUUAAAGGCAGAAGGAAAGGUUUUAUUCCUGCUAACGUCUUCGCAUUGCGAUUUUGCAAAGCAUGUAAUGGAUUACUGCUUUGAAGAUGACUGGCGGAGCUAUUUUGAUGUGGUUAUUUCAAAGGCAAAAAAGCCAAGAUUUUUUAACGAGCAAUUCCCCUUUAAAGUGGUCGACCCAGAUCAUGUAUGUGAGCUAGCUACAGAAGCUUUAGAAUUAGAGCUAAACGGUUGGUACUCUGAAGGCAGCAGUCAUGUCCUGCAUGAGCAUUUAAAGAAGUGGUCUGGAAAGGAAUCUGCGAAAGUGGUUUACUUUGGUGACAGUGUUAAGAGUGAUAUUGUUCCUGCUAAACAGAAGUGUGAUUGGGAGGCAGUGUAUAUUAUGGAUGCUUUACGUGCAGAAAAAGGGGCUUUAAACCCACUGAGUGGCCAUGAAAAAAGCCUCCUUUUCAGUGAAGGUUUUGGCCCUUUGUUAAAGUCCACCAAUGGUACUGGUACUUGUAACUCAUUUUUCUGUAAGCUUAUUGAAAAGUAUGCUACUAUUGCAAUGCCUUCUGUGGAAUAUAUGGCCAGUCUCCCCAUUGACUUCCAGUACAGUAGAUUAGGUAAUGGAAAUGGCUACUAUCCUGGCAAACCAAAUAACAUGUGAUUGCUAUAGUACUAAUUAAUGUAAUCCUACCUGUACCGCUUUAAAUUUAAGUUCAAUUUAUUAUAUUAAUAUGGAGUUGUUUUUAUUUGACAUACAUUACUUGUGUGAUCAGUGCAAUUGCGAUUAUUAUUAGUCCGUCCAAAGUCCAUGUAUGCUUUUUUUGUGUAUAAUACCAGACGUUUGUUAAUAUUUAAAAAAAUAUACAUGCUCUAAUUAAACCAUAGGUCAGUGCUAUGUAGCUUAAAACAGAACUACAGAUUACAAGAGAGCUGAGCUGUAAUAAACGAGCACAUACUGUGCUAUUUUACC